AUGACGGAUGGAGGAAACCUCACUGUUGUGUCCAGCUUCAUCCUCUUGGGCUUCUCUGAUGCCCCAGAGCUACAAACCACCAUCUUCACAAUCUUCUUAUCUCUGUAUGUUUUAAUGGUGCUGGGGAACCUGAUGGUGAUCCUGCUGAUCAACAGCGACCCCCAGCUCCAGAUCCCCAUGUACUUCUUCCUGACUCACUUAUCUUUCAUGGAUUUUUGCCUUUCCUCUGCUAUCAUCCCAAAAGCUCUGGAGACCUUCCUGCUGGGGAGAAGCCACAUCUCCUUUUGGGGUUGCUUUGCCCAGAUGUAUAUUUUCCUGGCUCUGGUUGUCUGUGAGUGCUUCCUCCUGGGGGUGAUGGCUUACGACCGGUACACAGCUGUGUGCAAGCCCCUGUUCUACACCACCACCAUGUCCAGGGCACGUUGUUAUGGCAUGAUGGUGCUGGUGUACACCAUCGGGUUCCUCACGUCCCUGGUGCACGUCGUGCUGGCGGGGAGGUUGUCCUUCUGCCAGGCCAGGAGCAUCAACCACUUCUUCUGUGAUCUGCCCACCCUCCUGCAGCUCUCCUGCUCAGACACAAGCACAAAUGAGGUCUUGCAGGUUUGCUGUGCUGGGUUCAACAUCAUGGGCUCUGUGCUGAUGAUCCUGGUGUCCUACACCUACAUCCUCCACACCGUCCUGCAGAUCCCUUUGGCCAGGAGGAGGCUGAAGGUCUUCUCUACCUGCACCUCCCACUUGGCUGCCAUCACCAUCUUCUAUGUGCCUGGGUUCCUCACUUAUAUCCAACCUCAUGAGGCAUCCUCAUGGGAUCAGGCGAAGCUGGUGUCGGUGUGUUACACCAUCCUGACCCCCACCCUCAACCCCCUCAUCUACAGCGUGAGGAACAAAGAGGUGAAGGGGGCUCUCAGGAGGCUGUGGGAGAGAAAGCUGGUUCCGUAUCUAUCCAGGUUUUAA